GCCGUAUAGAGAAGAUUGACACAUGAAAUCAAUCAGGGCUACAUCUAGAUUGCUAGAGAACGAAACCAGCAGAGAUGUCUGCUCGAAACUAAAACAGUGUGUGAGUUCCAAGGACUUUCCAGCUUGUACGAGACUUCACCAAAAGAUUACCGAGAAUCACUGGGAGCUCAGCACAUAUUCCUGGAAUCUCUUGCUUGAAAUGUACGGGAGGUUUGGAAGCCUCGAGGACGCACGCAGGAUAUUCAAUGGCAUGGGAGACAGGAACACGUUCACGUGGAAUAUUAUGGUUUCGGCAUAUGCCCACAGAGGGAAUCUAGCAGAUGCCGAGGCUUUGUUUGCGGUGAUGCCGCAAGCAAAUGUAGUUUCUUGUAAUAUAAUGCUAAGUUGCUAUGUCUCUACGGGUAAAUUCAAGCAAGCUGAAGAACUGUUUGAAAAGAUGGUGGACAAGAACGAUGUGUCGCUGACUACAAUGGUGACGGCAUAUUCCCUGAUCGGGAAUGUGCGGAAAGCUGAGCUAACGUUUGAAAAGAUUCCAAAACCGAGUGUGGUAUCCUGCAAUGCAAUGCUUCAAGCUUAUGUAAAGCUCGGUUUAGUCGAUAAAGCAAAAGAUAUGCUGGAAAAAAUGAAAAUCCGCGAUGUUAUUUCGUGGACUACUCUGCUGACCGCAUAUGCCCAAAAUGGGGAUGUUCGCAAUGCCGAGGAUCUCUUUGAGAGAAUGCCAGAGAGAAAUGUUGUCUCUUGGAAUGUCAUGAUAAGAGCAUAUUCUCACAAUGGUUUGAUACCGAAGGCUAGAUUGCUCUUUGACCAAGCACCUAUCCGGAACCAUGUCACUUGGAACACAAUGAUCUCAGCAUAUUCGCAGGAUGGGCUUGUAGAAGAUGCCAAGGUUCUCUUUGAUAAGAUGCCUGAGAGAGAUGCUGUGUCCUGGAAUUCCAUGCUGUAUGGGUAUGUGAAAGUUGCAGAUUUUGACCAGGCAAGAAGCAUCUUUGGAAGGAUUCCGGAGCCCAAUGUGGUAUCUUGGACUUGCAUUCUCAUGGGAUAUGCUCAGGCACGGAAUCUAAAGGCGGCCAAGGGAAUCUUUGACGAUAUCCCGCAAAGGAAUCUGGUUGCAUCGAACGUGUUGAUGCACGCGUCCGCUCAAGUUGGCGAGUUUGAAGAGAUGGAAUAUCUGUUUCAUUCUAUGCCCGAAAGAGAUUUAUUCUCGUGGAAUGUGAUGAUUGAGGGAUAUGCUCGCCAAGGAAAGUUGGCGGAGUCUAGGAAGAUCUUUGACUCCAUGCCGGUCAAAGACCUCGUCUCAUGGUCAACUAUAAUCGUUACGUGUAGUCAGCAAAAAGAUGUAACUCAGGUGGUUUACUUGUUUGAGAGAAUGCCCGAGCACAACAUUGUGGCCUGGAACGCGCUACUUUACGCAAAUGCCAAAGCCGGGGAUUUGCACGAAGCUCGAGCUGUAUUUGAGAAACACCCAGACAAAGACAUAGCGUCAUGGAACAUCCUCCUCUCGGCUUACUCACAGCACAACGAUUUUGCGAAUGCCGAGAUGGUGUUUGAGAGAAUGCCGGAGAGAAGUCUCGUGUCGUUUAAUUCCAUGCUCCAAGCUUGCGCCACCAGCGGCAAGAUCGACAAGGCGGAGCCACUGUUUCGAGCCAUGGAAGAUCGAGAUGUUGUGUCGUGGACGUGCUUGAUCACUGCUUAUGCCAAGAGUAGCGGCCGAGCCUUGGAUGGAGUGAGAGCCUUCAAACUCAUGGACCAAGAUGGUGUUCUUCCCGACGUGGUUGCCACCACUGCGGCUAUGGAGGCCUGCUCGAUCGCCGGAGCUCCAGCACAAGCGAGAGAGAUGUUCUCCUGUUUCGAAGAAGCCGGACACGGCGAGGCCGAUAAUCUACUCGUCGCGAACCUUGUCACCGUCUUUGCGAGCUGUGGAGAGCUGAGUGAAGCUCGAAAGCUGUUUAACAAGCUCGUAAACCCGGACGUGGUCGUGUGGAGUAACUUGGUUGCGGCCUAUGCCCGGAGUGGUGACGGCAAAGUCGCGCUGGAGGCGUUUCAGCUCAUGGCGCUCGAUGGUAAGCUGCCCGAUGAGAUUGCCUUCGUUGUCAUUCUCUCGGCUUGUAGCCACGCUGGUCUCUUUGACGAAGCCCGUUACUACUUCACCACUAUCACGUCUGACUACUCCAUGAAGCCUGUCGUGGAGCACUACCACUGCAUUGUCGAUCUUCUCGGCCGGCUCGGGAGGCUCGACGACGCUAGCACUGUCGCUCGAGAAAUGCCGUUUGAAUCGAAUAGCAUCUCGUGGACCACGCUCCUCAGUGCAUCAAAUGUCCAGUCCAACUAUAGUCACGCCGCAGAAGCAGCCGAGAAUGCUGUAGAUUGUGACCAGCUCAACUCCGCUGCCUACAUUCUUCUAUCAAACUUGGCUCCAUCCUGAUAAGAAAACUUGUUAUCUUCAUUUUGUGAUCCUGGUGGACUCACCGCCAUGUAAUCGCCUCUGGUAACUUCAUCAUAUCUCCCAAGCGAUUUAGAUGCUA